AUGGCAAAUGAUGGUGCAAUGUGUGAAACCAAGUGCAGGUAUGAUGUUUUCCUUAGUUUUAGGGGAGAAGACACUCGUUACACAUUCACUUGUCAUCUCUAUCAUGCUUUGUGUCGGAAGGGAAUUAUCACCUUCAUGGAUGAUGGAGAACUCAAGCUUGGAGAUCAGAUUGGUUCAACACUUCUUAGAGCCAUUGAAGAAUCUAGCAUCUCAAUUGUUCUUUUAUCAGAAAAUUAUUCAGAUUCUUCAUGGUGCCUUGAUGAACAUGUGAAGAUCCUCGAGUGUAAGGAGUCAAAAAACCAGUUGGUUUGGCGAAUCUUCUACAAAGUGAAUCCCUCAGAUGUGAGACAUCAGAACGGAAGUUAUGGUGAAGCCAUGACUAGACAUGAAAAAAGGUUUGGAAAAGACUCAAAGAAGGUGCUCCAAUGGAGGUCAACCUUGAAUGUCAUAGUCAAUAUGACAGGAGAGCAUCUGAAAUCUGAACAAGGGUAAGUAAUACGACAUGAAGUAGCCUUAUUCUAUUAAAUGAUUAUGCAAAAAAAAAUAUUUACUGAUGAAUGUAUAUAUAUGGAUGAUUGUUCAUGUUUUAGGAGAGAUGAAUCAAAGUUUAUAGAAGAACUUGUUAGCAAGAUUUUCAUGAAAGUGUCUCCUAAAUAUUUGUCAAGUGAUGAGCAUAUAGUAGAACGAGAGUAUCGAGUUGAAGAACCGAAAUCACUUCUAAAC